GCCAAAUCGGACAGUUGAUAUCCAAAGCCUUCCGCCACACAGUGCAAGCAGCCAGACCAAUUGGAGGCUUGCCGGACUUAUAUAUCCAUCAGAGAUGCUCCUACGAGUUGCAGAGCGGCGCAUUGGCGUCCCGCGCCUAUCCAUUAAUCGUCGCAGCAUGCUCCCUCCCCGGCGCAAUCUGAUCCCCGCGCCACAGUCGAACUCGGGCCCUCUGAUGGAGCGACGCGCCGACCGAGAAUUACCUUCGGUCGGUAAUGAGCGGAAAUGGAUGCGAACAUUGCCUAUCUUCGCUGUUGUCGUGGGGGCGGCCAUGCUGGGUAUAUUCAACUACCAGAAAUCCUCCUCCAGCGUGGUUAACAGCACGCUGUAUGCGCUUCGGACUUCCCCGCAGGCUCGGGAGAUCUUGGGUGAUGAGAUCUACUUCGCUCAGAAGAUUCCGUGGAUCAGUGGUGAGAUGAAUCAGCUCCAUGGACGUAUCGACAUCUCGUUCUGGGUCAAGGGAACUAAGGCUCAGGGUAAAAUGAGGUUCCGCAGUAUCAGACCGGACCGGACCAGCUUUUUCCGCACGGAAAUCUGGAGCUUGGAAACUGAGGAUGGAACGAUUGUCCAGUUACUUGACAAUGAUAGCGACCCAUUUAGUCAAAGCAGCUGAUCGAUUUCGACUACCGGGCCCCCGUUUGUCCGUGCUGUAUACUUGCUUGUUACAUGGUGUUUGGAGAUCUGUACAUGUAAAUACUUCAUUCAUGUGCAUUGGGCUAAGGCGUUCGGGCUUCGGAAAGCGUCUCUCACUCUCCUACUUUUCGUCCCUCCCCAUCUCUUCUAGCACUCCUGUUCCUCGUAUUCGAGCGGGUGCGUCUUCUGAGAGUGCCAACGAAGUGGAAUAUUCUAUAGACAAUCGACACUUUGGGGAAAGGGAUAUCAUUUAUGUAUCGCAUACAGACGCCGCUCUUAAAAACAAUACAGUGUAAUAGU